CACUUUCAAAGGGCUUGCUCACUCCCACACUACUUUUCAAAACCCUACCACCCUCAGCCGAAACCCCUUCUUUCCAUGGUGUCUCCAUAACCGAUCUCUGCAACUUCCAUGACCAUCUUUCCCACUCUUCCAAACUAACUCAAUCCAAUCACACAUCCAACAAUGGCCGCCGUAUCACGAGGUCUCAUCUCCUACCUCCGUAACCUCUCAAUAAACCCUAAUCGCACCAUUUCAGCAUCCAUAUCCACUCACUUUCUGAGAACCUUCACUUCAGAUGCGUUGAUCGAUGAAGGAGAAAGCGGUCGAAUCAUUAAAGCUGAACCGAGAGUUAUGACGCCGAAUUCGAAAAGAACCGGAGUUAUUGCUGUGAAAUGUGGAAUGACUGCACUUUGGGAUAAAUGGGGAGCUAGGGUUCCGAUUACGGUGCUUUGGUGUGAUGAGAAUAUUGUUUCUCAAGUUAAAACGCCUGAGAAGGAAGGGAUUACUGCUUUACAGAUCGGUUGUGGGCAUAAAAAGGAGAAACACUUAACAAAACCAGAAGUGGGACACUUUAGAGCACAGGGUGUUCCAUUGAAGAGGAAGUUGAGAGAGUUUCCUGUGACCGAGGACGCGUUACUUCCACUUGGCACUCAGAUUAGCGUUCGUCAUUUCGUUCCUGGCCAGUACGUUGAUGUUACCGGAAUCACAAAAGGAAAAGGUUUUCAGGGUGUGAUGAAAAGACAUAAUUUUAAAGGAGGGCCCGCAUCUCACGGAGCAUCUUUGUCCCAUCGAAGUCCUGGUUCCACGGGUCAGAGAGAUGCUCCCGGUAAGGUAUUCAAAGGUAAAAAGAUGCCUGGUCGUAUGGGUGGGAAGCAGAGAACGGUAAAAAACGUGUGGGUAUACAAGAUAGAACCUGCAAGGAACUUGUUGUGGGUCAGAGGCCAAGUACCGGGGAACGAGGGGGAUUUUGUUUUCAUAAAAGAUGCAUGGUACAAGAAACCUGAUAUAUCAACACUUCCGUUCCCGACAUACUUUUCAACAGAAGAUGAGGAUGAGAGCAGUUUGGAACCACUGGUUGCGGAUCUUGGGGAAACGGAUCCGUUCAUGGCUGCAGAUUAAUCAAUGCGAUCUUUUUAUUUUUGUUUUAUCUUUGCUCAAGGCUUCUUAGAGAUAGGUUGGUUGAUUCUUGAAUGUUGAUGAAUGUAAAAGCUGAGAAGUAGCAGCUUGGAUUUUCUUUUGAUAAUAGAAAAGAAAUGUUGAGGGAUGUUGUGGCUGGUGAAAACUAUAGAACCUAUUUUUGAAUAAAAUUUUGAAGUAAAUUUUGUGUUGCAGAA